CGUGUGAUGUCAACACAGCUAGCUCUUCAUUCACAGGCUUGUCUACAGGUAGCGCAGGUCUUACAGUGAAAACAGCUGGAUCAUUAAGGGAUUUAAUUAAUUACACACAAGAUUGAAGGCGCACAAGAGUAGGCAAAAAUAUCAAGCACGACAAACAGUAGAUCAAACUACCACACGAUAACUGACCAAUGGCCAUCCGAAUUAAGUGCUGAAGUGAAAACAAAAUCGACUGUGGAUACAUUUUUGGAUUACGUCACACAGUUAAAAAUAGAAGGUUAAAAUUAUCUACCGGAAAUGAUAACAAAUUUGUAAACAUUGGCACUUGCAAGUGUCGGCCCAGAGAGCAAUGAAGGGGAUUUAUUUCAGAUUUUAAGAAUCCAUUUGAAAACGGUUCAAAGAAAGAAGAAUGAAAAUAGUUCUUGCAAAAAAUCAAUAAUCAAUGUCGUGUAAGCUAAACUUGAUAGUUUGCAGCUUAGCCAAAAUCUUUCGUCACACCCCAAUGUCAAGGCCGCGCCUCUAGCCCUCUAAAGAAAAUGUCCUGCCCAUCUUAUACAAGACACAGCCUGCUCUGUGGCCGUCUGCCCUCAAAGAGAGUCGCCGGGAUCGUCAUCUCUCUCAUCCUCCUGCUCCAGCUCCCCCCCGCCUCCCGGGCCUUCACCAUCCAGAAGAGUGUCUCCAUCAAGGAGGGGCUACAGCCGGGGGCCGUCGUCGCUAGGCUAGACACGGAGCCAUCUUUAAUCCAAAAGGUGGAAGCCAAUUUCGGGAGCCGUAACGCGGCUAAGCUGCAGUACAGCAUCUUAACAUCGGGAAAUCCCCAAAGUAAUUUUUUCGCCGUGAGCCGUGAGGCGGGGGAGGUGACCAUCCAGCGGGUCAUUGACCGCGAGAGUGUGUGCAGCUUCAGAGACGAGUGCCAGCUCAGCUUUGAGGUCGCCGUCCACUCGACCCUCAGCGACUUCUUCCAGCUGGUCAAGGUCACGGUCGUUGUCCUGGACGUGAACGACAACCCCCCAGAGUUCACGCAGUCGCUGCUGGAGGUCAGCAUCCCCGAGGAUGCUGGCGUCGGGUGGUCGUUCCAGCUGCCCACGGCGUUUGACCGGGACCGGGGUCCGGGUAAUGGGGUCAGCGAGUACCUGAUGCUGACGGGGACCUCCUUGUUUGGGGUCGAGUCUGUGGACUCUGGCUUCAACAAGACCAACGUCUACCUCAUGUUGUUGACAGCCCUGGAGAAAGACAGCCCCCCGACCUACGAGCUGCUGGUGGGUGCCAAGGAUGGGGGCAUUCCUUCUCUCACUGGCACUCUGACUGUCAACGUGCAGGUGUCAGACAUUAAUGACAACACACCUGUGUUUGAGACUGACAUGUACACUGUCAAAAUACCUGAGGACAAAAUACCUGGGCAGCUGGUUCAAAAGGUGAAGGCAACCGAUGCCGACUCAGGACCUAACGGCCAGGUGACCUACUACUUCUCCAACUUCCAACCGGCAGACAACCUGGACUAUUUCAAGAUAGACUCCAGGUCAGGGGAGAUAACUCUCAUGAAAUCUGUCGAGGCGAGGACAGGGGAGGAGAUCGAACUGGUCGUACAGGCCAGGGAUCAAGGUCACCCACCUCGGGUGACCUCAACUACAGUUCGAGUUCUAGUGGAGGACACUGUCAACAGCAUGCCUGAGGUCAUCAUCGACCCCCUGGGUGGGAUCAGUACCGAGGUGUCUGAGUACGCCGAGCUGGGUAAAGUCAUAGCCCACGUCAGCGUCAGGGAUCCUGACAGUGGGGACAACGGGAAGACUGACUGCCAUUUGAAUAUCCCAGAAUUUGAGCUGGAACCACUGACUCUACUGGGAAAAUUUAAGGUCGUGUUGAAGUCGUUGCUUGACCGUGAGGUGGUGGACACCUACAAUGUGGAGGUCACGUGUGCAGACAAGGGCAUCCCCUCCCUCACUGCCAGAAACUCUUUUACUGUCAAAGUCUUGGAUGAAAACGAUCAAACCCCAGAGUUCUCCAAAAGGACAUACAUGGCCACUGUUGUAGAAAACAACCCUAUUGGUGCUUCAAUUGCCCAGGUGAUUGUAACAGAUAAGGACAUUGGCCCUAAUGGUCAAGUGGACUUCCAUGUCGUUGGCGUCAAUGCCCAGCACUUUGACAUAGACAGUACUGGACUGAUGACCGCCAAGAAGUCGCUGAACAGGGAGGAAGCUGAGAGGAUCAUCAUCACCAUCAGAGCCAUAGACAGGGGGGUCCCAGCUCUCACGGCUUCGGCCACGGUGGAGCUGACCCUACAGGAUGUCAAUGACGAGGUGCCGGAGUUCGCUCAGGCUGUUUUUGUCAUGGAAGUCUUGGAGGGUCAGCCUGCUGGACAUUACGUUGGCAUCGUCUCGGCACAUGACAAGGACAGUAAGAAAAAUGGAGAAGUUUUCUAUCACCUUCCUGCCGGCUCUCAUCAGAAAGAAACCAGUUUUAUGGUAGAACCUAGUGGUGGGGUGGUAAAAACAAAUGUAGUUCUAGACCGAGAGAGGAAGGAGAGGUAUGAAUUUCUUGUCCUGGCAACUGACAGAGGAGUCCCACCCCUAACAGGGACAGCCACUAUUGUUGUCAACAUCAUUGACAUCAAUGACAACACUCCAUUUUUUGUUUACCCUACCAAAGGAAAUGAUUCUAUAUCCAUACCCCACACGUAUAAACCAAGACAUCCAAUUGUGACAUUUUUAGCUAGAGACAACGAUGCUGGGGUCAACGGUCAGAUCACAUAUUCCAUGGACGUCAACACAACCAGUGUGUUCUAUCUUGACCCCAUCACUGGCGUGCUGACACUGACAGCUGCUCUGGCGUCAAAAGAUGUUGGCAUGCAUGUCCUGACACUAAUCGCUACAGACCAGGCGCUGAUGAAGGAAAUGUCCAUGCAGCUGCCGUUCUACAUCGACGUUUUCUUCGACAACUCCACGGUGCUGGCUACGGCAGGGUCACCUGAACCUGCCAUGGGGGUUAUUGUUGUGGCUGUUGUUGCUGCGCUUGUGGUGGUGGUUGUCAUUGUGCUGCUCAUAUACAUCAUCCGCAGGAAGAAAGGCAGAAAGAACACAGGCAUGCCAAACUCUGCCUCCUCAUCAUCCACCACCAAACUGAGGGGAGGCUACUACGUGGCACCAGGCGUCAGAGAGUCGUCCUCGUCCUUCAUCACAAAAAGUGACUACGACCAAGCGUCCUGCAACACGGGCUUGUCCGAGGGGAUGAAAACAACAAACCCCUACGUCGUCAUGAUCCCCCCUCCAGCCCCUGCUGGACCCCCAGAGGUUGUCCAGAUAUCUCGCAAUGGCAACCAGCACGGGUUCAAUGACACUUUAAACCCAGACCUGGACCAGACAGAUGACGGACAGUUUUCAACAUUCAGGUCACAGGAAAAUAUUUUAUCACCCGGGUUCAAAUCCAGUUCUCUAAAGAGACAGUCUGACAACUCAUCUAUUGUGAAAAGAAAUGAUACCUUUGAGGAGCUCUCCUGUGAUGAAAGCACAAGUGACAGUGGUAGAGGAGGAAGUGACUUGGAGCUGAACAAAGAGAAAGCCCGAACACAAGCUGCCACCCCUGUGUCAAUGAAAAGUGGCAUCUCCCACCAGUUGUCUCCCUUACCACGAAAAAGUGAAAAAAUGUUCACCACUUUCCGAGGAGAAUCGCCGAGCUCUUUUAAAUUUGACUCGGACAGCGACACACUGACCCACAGCAAGCGGCCCCGGGCUGAGCCAGCUCUGGCCAGGGAGGAUUUCUCAGCAGACGCCAGCAACAGCAGCACACUCUCUAACACACUCUCCAACACACUCUCCAACACACCGGUCAGGAGUGAAUCUCUCACCAGGGGUCAGCUGCAGCCGCAGUACACAGCCGCAAUCCACAGCCCCAAUGUUGGCUCCAGCGGAUACAACAGCGGAGGGGAGGGAGGAUCAUCCAGACAGCCUCGUCGGAUACCCCUCCUGUCGUUGAUGUCGCCCCCUCUGACAUGCCACCAGUAUGAGAGUGAGACGGACCAGAGUGAUGCGGGCUCCAACUCCAACUCCCUGUCCAGGUCUAACCGCGUGCCCAGGCUCCCAUUCAACCUCGGCAUUGAUUUCUCCCAUCACGCGUACGGGAGCUCAAACAGGAACAGCAUCGGUCCAUUGACCAGCAACAGCAUCGGUCCAUUGACCAGCAACAGCAUCGGUCCAUUGACCAGCAACAGCAUCGGUCCAUUGACCAGUAACUCCACGCACCCACACGGUGGAUUACCAGCGGAAUACAGGAGUGGGUCGUCUAACCAUUACACAAACAACACCCCUAGUGCCAAUGGAUUACAUUACAACAGUACUUUCAACAACAACAACAACUACCCUAACAACCUUUCAAGCUUCGCUGUCCCUGACGCGCAUGUCACACGCAGGUAUGACCAUGCUGUCAGUGAGACUGACGACUCCCGCCCUGACCCCCGGGUCACCCGCAGGUAUGACAAUGUCAUCAGUGAGAUUGACGACUCGAGGCCAGUCAGUAUGGAGGAAGACUUCCUCUUACCUCCCUACCCAGAAGCCAAUGAGGAGGAGGAGGACUUAGCUCUCAAGCCGGGCUACACCGGCUUCACACCAGAGAGGAGCAGAGAGAGAGAGGCCUUAUUUAACCGCGCACGAUACGAGUCUAGUGCAUAAUAUUUGUACAGCCUGCAGCCAUACUGUAGAAAUUGUUUCAAAGAUUUUAUACGACUUAUGUUUUAAACUAUUCCGUUAAAUCGUUGAUUGGCAGUCUUAGCUCUUGGUGAACUAUGGAGUUGAAUGGAUUUUUUAAAGAGUUUUUAAACUAGUAGCCAUUAUUUUAAAGAUAUACAAUAUUAUUUUAAUGGAGUAUACAGUUCAGUAAGGGAGAUGACAAAACUUUAUUCCUAUUGUGUAUAAUAAAUAAAUUAUUGAUCAAAUUCAUUGAACCUAAGGUUUGUUCUAUAAGUGACAUCUGAUGAUUUUCAUUGAUUUUUAUCCUCUUCUUCCUCCACUCUCAUAAGUUCAGUCACAGCUAGCCAGACAACACCCCCACCCUAGAAAAAAUUUAUUUUGAAAGAUUUUUACAUUCUUCCCUCCCUUGA